CGUGUGCCCCGUGCGAAGAAAUCUCCUCAACCUUUUUUUUAGUGCAGUGCAGUCCAGUGAUGAGUGCCUCAGGGAAGAGUCUCCUCGGCCUGUGGCUCUACAGGAGCGGCGAACAGGAGUGGGCCGUCAAGCAGGGCAGUCCCCUGCAUCAAAUCAAAAAGGAGGCCUCUGUGGCCGCCGCAUCCAAGUCGCAUGCAAGUCUCUCGCGGCACGCGUCGGCCCCUGGUGACAAUUUUCUAUGUUUUUCGCCUCCUCACAAGCAGGAUCGCAGCGCGGUGGAGCCACCGCCCAGAUUGGCCAUCGGCGGGCCGGUGGACACCUCACGGCAGCACUCACCUGGCGAGCGCAUUUCCAUCAUCUUCACGCUCCGCAAUCAGGUGGGCAAUCUCGCGCGGGCCCUGCAGGUCUUCCAGGAGCUGGGCAUCAACGUGCUGCACCUGGAGCUGUCGCCCCUGGAGAUGGGCACCAAUCAGGCGGACGUCCUGGUGGAUGUCGAGUGCGAUCCCCGUCGGCUGGAUCAGGUGGUGAAGAUGCUCAAUCGGGAGGUGGCCUCCGUUAGCUAUACGUCCGUGAAUGCCACGAGUCACAUGUCCAGGGCCCCAUCGCUCUCCGCUUGCUCCAGUUUCGAUUUCGGCGACAUGGUCUGGUUCCCCCGGAAGAUAUCCGACCUGGACAAGGCCCAGAAUGUCCUGAUGUAUGGCUCCGACCUGGAUGCCGACCAUCCGGGCUUCAAGGAUCCCGUGUACCGCAAGCGGCGCGAACAGUUCUCGGCCAUAGCCAACAAUUUCAAGCACGGCAGUCCCAUUCCACGCGUGCAGUACACACCCGAAGAAGUGAAAACCUGGGGCACUGUUUUCCUCGAGCUGCACCGCCUCUACGUGCUGCACGCCGUGCCGGAGUACAUGGAGAACUGGCCGGACCUGGUCAAGUACUGCGGCUAUCGGGCGGACAAUGUGCCACAGCUGCAGGACGUGAGCGUGUACCUGAAACGGAAGACGGGCUUCCAGCUGCGUCCUGUGGCCGGGUACCUUUCGCCGCGGGACUUCCUCUCGGGCCUGGCGUUCCGCAUCUUCCACUGCACGCAAUACAUCAGGCACUCUUCGGAUCCGUUCUACACUCCCGAACCGGACUGCUGCCACGAGCUGUUGGGCCACAUGCCGCUGCUGGCAAACUCCAGUUUUGCUCAGUUUUCGCAGGAGAUCGGCCUGGCGUCCUUGGGGGCCAGCGAUGCGGACAUUGAGAAGUUGGCGACGCUAUAUUUCUUCACUGUGGAAUUCGGGCUUUGCAAGCAGGCGGACAGCAGCUUCAAGGUGUAUGGGGCAGGUCUGCUGAGCUCUGUGGCAGAGCUGCAGCAUGCCAUCACCGCCGGACCAAAGAUCAAGAAGUUCGAUCCGGAGUUCACCUGCAAGGAGGAGUGCAUUAUAACCUCCUACCAGAAUGCCUACUACUAUACGGACUCCUUCGAAGAGGCCAAGGAGCAAAUGCGGGCCUUCGCCGACAGCAUUCAACGUCCGUUCGGUGUGCGCUACAAUCCGUACACCAUGAGCGUGGAGGUGCUCUCGAAUGCCCAGAAGAUCACGGCGGUGGUCAGUGAGCUCAAGGGCGACCUGAGCAUCGUCUGCUCAGCGCUGAGGAAGAUAUCGGCCACCGAUGAAAAUCUGGACGUGGAAUGCAUAGCCAAUAUGCUGCACAACAGCCUGAAUGUACGCGGAGCAGCCUCCGGAAGCAAAGCCAGCAGUCCCGACAACUCGGACAACUCCACGGCGGAGGAGAACUAGGGAUCUCGAUGGCAGAUCGGGGAAACGCAAUCGGAGUAUUUGGGACCAUUUGUUUAGAAACGAAACUAC